AUGAAGGGUGGUUGUAUCUCCCGCUGGCAGGCGGCCGCUGGGCUCCUCCUGUGGGUCACGGUUUUUGCAUCCUCCGAGAGAGCAGUCUUCACGAAUCAUUUUCUUGUGGAGUUGCAUAAAGGGGGAGAGGAAGAAGCUCGCCAAGUUGCAGCAGAACACGGCUUUGGGGUCCGAAAGCUCCCCUUCACUGAAGGUCUAUACCACUUCUAUCACAAUGGUCUUGCAAAGGCCAAGAGAAGACGCAGCCUACAUCACAAGCAACAGCUGGAAAGAGACCCCAGGGUAAAGACCGCCUUGCAACAGGAAGGAUUUGACCGGAAAAAGCGAGGGUACAGAGACAUCAAUGAGAUCGACAUCAACAUGAAUGAUCCUCUUUUUACAAAGCAGUGGUAUCUGAUCAACACAGGACAAGCUGAUGGGACUCCUGGCCUUGACUUGAAUGUGGCAGAAGCCUGGGAGCUGGGAUACACAGGAAAAGGUGUGACCAUCGGAAUUAUGGAUGAUGGGAUUGACUACCUUCACCCGGACCUUGCCUCCAACUAUAAUGCCGAAGCAAGUUAUGACUUCAGCAGCAACGACCCCUAUCCUUACCCUCGAUACACAGAUGACUGGUUUAACAGCCACGGAACCCGCUGCGCAGGAGAAGUCUCUGCUGCCGCCAACAACAAUAUCUGUGGGGUGGGAGUGGCGUACAACUCCAAAGUUGCAGGUAUCCGGAUGCUGGACCAGCCAUUCAUGACGGACAUCAUCGAGGCCUCCUCCAUCAGUCACAUGCCCCAACUGAUAGACAUCUACAGUGCCAGCUGGGGCCCCACGGACAAUGGCAAGACCGUGGACGGGCCCCGGGAGCUCACACUUCAGGCCAUGGCUGAUGGUGUAAACAAGGGCCGUGGGGGCAAAGGCAGCAUCUACGUGUGGGCCUCUGGGGAUGGUGGCAGCUACGACGACUGCAACUGUGACGGCUAUGCCUCAAGCAUGUGGACCAUCUCCAUCAACUCGGCCAUCAAUGAUGGCAGGACUGCCCUGUAUGACGAGAGCUGCUCCUCCACCUUGGCCUCCACCUUCAGCAACGGGAGGAAGAGGAACCCUGAGGCCGGCGUGGCAACCACAGAUUUGUAUGGCAACUGCACUCUGAGGCAUUCGGGGACGUCCGCAGCUGCUCCCGAGGCAGCUGGCGUGUUUGCACUGGCUUUGGAGGCAAACCUGGGUCUGACCUGGCGAGACAUGCAACAUCUGACAGUGCUCACCUCCAAACGGAACCAGCUGCAUGACGAAGUCCAUCAGUGGAGGCGGAACGGAGUCGGCCUGGAGUUCAACCACCUGUUUGGAUAUGGUGUCCUGGAUGCAGGCGCCAUGGUGAAAAUGGCUAAAGACUGGAAAACCGUGCCCGAGAGAUUCCACUGUGUGGGCGGCUCUGUGCAGGACCCUGAGAAAAUUCCCUCCACUGGCAAGUUGGUGCUGACCCUCACAACUGACGCAUGCGAGGGGAAAGAGAACUUUGUGCGCUACCUGGAGCAUGUGCAAGCUGUCAUCACAGUCAAUGCCACAAGGAGAGGAGACCUGAACAUCAACAUGACUUCCCCUAUGGGCACCAAGUCCAUUCUGCUGAGCCGGCGACCCCGGGAUGAUGACUCUAAGGUGGGCUUUGACAAAUGGCCGUUCAUGACCACCCACACAUGGGGGGAGGACGCCCGAGGAACCUGGACCCUGGAGUUGGGCUUUGCAGGCAGCACACCCCAGAAGGGCGUGCUGAAGGAGUGGACACUGAUGCUGCAUGGCACGCAGAGUGCACCUUACAUUGACCAGGUGGUGAAGGAUUAUCAGUCCAAGCUGGCCAUGUCCAAAAAAGAGGAGCUGGAGGAAGAGUUGGAUGAGGCCGUGGAGAGAAGCCUGGAGGGCAUCCUCAACAAGAACUAG